AUGGCGGAGUUGGGAGAGGCAAAUAAAGCGAAGUUGCAGCGCCUGGUAGCGGCCGAAAAACAGAAGGCUCAGUUCAAGGCACAGGUGCGUCACUUCAUGGAACUAUGUUGGGACAAAAGUGUGGAUAAGCCUGGAAAUUUUCUAGACUCUCGCACUGAAAAUUGUCUCUCAAGCUGUGUGGACCACUUCAUUGACAUUACUUUUGUUAUUACUAGUUGUUUUGCCCAGAUUAUACAGAAAGGAAGGCAAUAG